AAUGGCAUAAUCUAUCAAUCAAUAACAAAGUUUAUAAUCUAUCAAUAUUAAUGUAUAUUUGAAAACUGUAAGAUAGAAGAGUGGCAUUGGACUGAGUCACUUUCCAAUACCAUGCCAGAUUUUGUAUAAAAUCAAAAUCUGGCUGAAAUUCAUGAAAGCUGCAUUACACGGUUGAUGUGUCCUUACAUUACCAAUAAUGUUGUUCUAAAGCAUAACACAAGCUUUAUGUGUUCUGAUCUGCACCACACACUGAUCCAUCACAUAGCAUCAUAGCUUCUCAAUAAUUCAAUUGCACGUUCCUGGAAACCUGUGAUGUGAAUCUCAACCGCACAUUCCCUGCUACCUUAUCAAUUCGUGCAUUCAACUGAAGCAAUCAACCACACACGUCAUGCUACUUAUCAUCUUUAUUAACCGUUCAUUUCCAAGCCAGUUUCACUCACCCCGCUGAACUCAUCACUUACUGGAAGCCUUGUUGUGAGUAAGAGAAAAGGCUUCCUGCACCGAGCACACCAACUUGAUACCUCUGAUUCUUUCUUUGCUUAGAAUUCCACAGAAUAUGGAGACUGUUCUUUUCAAUCACUCCCCACCUUUGGAAUUCAAGGGUUUGAGCAAGGAGGAGGAAGACUCAUUGCUAGGGCAAGUGGAAAUAUGGAGGUACAUGACAUGCUUCACGGACUCCGUGGCCUUGAAAGCUGUCAUAGAGCUUCGUAUAGCGGACAUACUAGACCGUUAUGGUAAACCACUAUCCUUGUCGCAAAUUGUGGAGAACAUAGAAGACGCACCCUCCCCAGAUGCCUCUCUUCUCCAGAGAGUCCUGAGAGUGAUGGUGCGCAGAAAGAUCUUCAGUGCACAAGAAUCAGAGACAGGAGAAACCCUCUUCGGCUUGACACGAGCCUCGAAGUGGAUCCUUCGCGACACGAAAAUGACCCUAGCACCCAUGUUGCUGCUGGAGAACCACCCAAUUCACCUGAACCCUGCGCACUACAUCAGUGAGAUUAUUAGAGAAGGCACAAAAAAUGGCACUGCUUUCUUUAAGUGCCAUGGACAUGAGCAAUUUGAGAUGACGGGUUUGGAUCCUGAGUAUAAUAGGUUGUUCAAUGAGGGCAUGGUGUGCACUGCUAGGGUUGUGUCCAAGGCUGUGAUCACUGGCUACAAAGAUGGGUUCAACCAGAUUAAGUCCUUGGUUGAUGUUGGAGGUGGCAUUGGAGGGUCUCUUUCGGAGAUUGUUAGGGCUUAUCCUCAUAUCAAUGCCAUCAACUUUGACUUGCCUCAUGUGGUUGCCACUGCUCCUAAGUUCGAUGGGAUCACCCAUGUUGGAGGUGACAUGUUCGUGUCCAUUCCUAGUGCUGAUGCUAUUUACAUGAAGUGGAUUCUGCAUGACUGGAGCGACGAGCACUGCAUCAAGAUCUUGAAGAACUGCAGGAAGGCAAUACCAGAGAAGACAGGAAAAGUCAUAAUCGUGGAUCACGUUCUUCGACCCGAAGGCAACGAACUCUUCACAGACGUUGGCAUCGCAUUCGACAUGAUGCUUCUCGCUCACAACGCCGGUGGCAAAGAGAGGACCGAAGAGAACUGGAAGUGGCUGUUCAAGGAAACCGGUUUCGCGCGUUACAACAUCAUCAAGAUCAACGCUCUCCCUUCCAUCAUUGAGGCGUUUCCAAUCUGAAGAAGAUGCCACUACCACAACUGCAUGUGGUUUUUAUGUUGCAUGUGUUGUUGUUAUUAUUAACAGCUAUAUGAUCUUCGUUUUAAUUUUGUGGUUUUCCUUCCUGCCCUUGUUAUGUUUGUGCAUUAAAUAAAAGUAAGAAAUGCCCCACCACUAAGUAAUGCUAUAUGGAUUAUGUAUGUGUUCCAUAUAUGUCAAGUGAGUGGUGUGUGGUUGUGAAGAAUCUAUUGCUUUUAAUGAAUCAGAUCCUUUGGUGUGAAAACCUUGCUUUCUA